AUGGACGGUAAACAGGCUCUAGACUAUUUUACAAAAUAUUCCUAUAACAGUCUAGUACUGAUUGGCUUCUGGCCUGUUCCAACUUGCAAAUAUAAACAAGUGAUAAAUUUUCAAUGUAUUUUUUCGUUUUUAUUUCUAACUUUUAGUCUCGUUAUUCCACAAGGCUUUCGAUUAACUCAAGUUUGGGGUGAUAUUGACCUUAUGAGCAAUGUCCUCUGUACUGCAGAAUUACCCUUUUUAGUUGCGUUAUCAAAGAUGAUUAUUCUUUUUUAUCUGUCAGUUCUUUUCGACAAAUUUUUGGACGAUUGGAAACGUAAGAAAAGUGACGAAGAAUUGGAUAUAAUGAAUAUUUCAGCUCAAUUUGGCAAAAAAAUAUCUCUUCUAUGCAUUUUUUUGGGACAAGCUACGCCAGUGGCACGUUUAGUGCAAAUAAUAUUUGAAAAUCUAAGUAACUGGUCCAGUUCAGAUCACUUAAAAAAUUUUACUCUGUAUAUUGAUGCAUAUUAUCCAUACGAAUGGAAUUACACUCCAGUCUAUGAAAUUACAUGUUUUAUGGAAUACAUUGGAACUUUUAUGGCUGCUCUCGCAUAUUCUGGAACCGAUGGUCUAUUUAGUGAAAUUGCCUUUCAUCUCUCGGGACAAUAUCAUAUUUUACGUCAUAAACUUUUUCAUAUUGUUAAUGAAAUUGACGAAAAUACUUCUCUGACUGAUAUCGACGAAAGUUUCAGUUACAUUGUUAAAUUUCAUGACCGCAUUAAUAGUUGUAUUGAUAUUGUUGAAGAUACAUUUUCUUUUAUGUGUCUGGUACAACUUCUUGCAUGCAGUAUUCAAUUUUGUAUUCAAUGCUACUUACUUGUUUUGUGUAUAACAGUUCAACAAUCGAGUCCAAUUCUAUUUGAUAUACUAUUUAUAUUAGUAUUUCUUACAUAUAUGACUGCAAAUUUUUAUGUCUAUUGUUACCUUGCCGAAAAAUUACAAUCUGAAAGUUUUGCAUUCGCCGAAGCUGCCUACAUAUGCAACUGGUAUACUUUACCACCUAAAAAAAUUAAAUAUUUUCUACUAUUAAUACAACGCGGAAGAAAACCAGUGAAUUUAACGGCAGGAAAGUUUUGCAUCAUCAACUUGAUUUUAUUCGCUAGUAUUAUAAAAACUUCAAUGGGAUAUUUAUCAUUUCUCUUAACAAUGAGAUCGGCACAAAAAUAA